GCGCAGUAGCGGCCGCGGCCUCUCACCUCCGCUCCCCCGGCCCUGGGCGAGGCCGUCUGGCUGUUACCCCCUCCUGCUCGGCUGCCGCCGCCGCCGCCAUGGCCAAUGACAGCGGUGGGCCCGGCGGGCUGAGCCCGAGCGAGCGAGACCGGCAGUACUGCGAGCUCUGUGGGAAGAUGGAGAACCUGCUGCGCUGCAGCCGCUGCCGCAGCUCUUUCUACUGCAGCAAAGAACACCAGCGCCAGGACUGGAAGAAGCACAAGCUCGUCUGCCAGGGCAGCGAGGGCACCGCGGAGCCCCGGAGCGCCCACGGCCACGCCGCGGCUCCCCACUAUCCACAUCCUAACUCCGCGCCGCCAGCCGCCGCUGCGCCACCUAAGUCCGGCAGGGCUGGGACCAAAGAGGUCAAGAAUGCACCGCUGCGUCGGAACGCGACCGCCGCAGAGACUCCAGGCCGGCCAGCUGGAGACGCGACGGCGACCAAGGCAAAACCGGAGUCCGCGGCGGCGUCCCCGCCUCUUGCGGCCCCCGGCAGCCAGGGGCCGGCGGCGGCCGAGGCGGAGCCCGGGAAGGAGGAGCUGCCGGCCCGCUCGCAGCUGUACCAGAAGUCCAACAUGUACCCGCCGAGCAACUCCCCCGGCGAGGGGCUGAGCCACGGCGGCGGGCUGCGGCCCAACGGGCAGACGAAGCCGCUGCCGGCGCUGAAGCUGGCGCUGGAGUACAUCGUGCCGUGCAUGAACAAGCACGGCAUCUGUGUCGUGGACGACUUCCUAGGCAAGGAGACCGGCCAGCAGAUCGGCGAGGAGGUGCGGGCCCUGCACGACACGGGCAAGUUCACGGACGGGCAGCUGGUCAGCCAGAAGAGCGACUCGUCCAAGGACAUCCGUGGAGAUAAGAUCACCUGGAUCGAGGGCAAGGAGCCCGGCUGCGAGACCAUAGGGCUGCUCAUGAGCAGCAUGGACGACCUGAUCCGCCACUGUAACGGGAAGCUGGGCAACUACAAAAUCAAUGGCCGGACGAAAGCCAUGGUUGCUUGUUACCCAGGCAAUGGAACAGGUUAUGUGCGUCAUGUCGAUAAUCCAAAUGGAGAUGGAAGAUGUGUGACAUGUAUAUAUUACCUUAAUAAAGACUGGGAUGCCAAGGUAAGUGGGGGUAUACUUCGAAUUUUUCCAGAAGGCAAAGCCCAGUUUGCUGACAUUGAACCCAAAUUUGAUAGACUGCUGUUUUUCUGGUCAGACCGUCGCAACCCUCAUGAAGUACAACCAGCAUAUGCUACAAGGUACGCAAUAACUGUUUGGUAUUUUGAUGCAGAUGAGCGAGCACGAGCUAAAGUAAAAUAUCUAACAGGUGAAAAAGGUGUGAGAGUUGAACUCAAUAAACCUUCUGAUUCAAUCAGUAAAUACGUUUUAUAGAGCCUUUGAUCCAGCAAUACCCCCACUUCACCUACAAUAAUUGUUGACGCUAUUUGUUAACUUGUGAAUACAAAUAAAUGGAAUAAAGAAAAAUAGACAACCGGUUGGCAUUUUAAUAAGGAAAAAGAAAACUAUGUUUUGUGUUGCAUCAAAUGGAAGAUUUUGACUGCCGUGGCUUUGUACUGCAUGACCGACUGCAAAUCUCACAUUGCUUAUGGGAAGAAUAUAAGCUGUCAAUUGAAAAUGAUAUUUACAUCUGGACAUGAAAUAAGUGCCCUGUGUAGAAUUUUUUCAUUCUUAUAUUUUACCAGAUCUGACAUCUAGCUGAAUUCAUUUCAUCUCUCCCUUUUUUAUAUAGUCAAGUUUGAAUUUUGGGUAAUUUUUGUAUGAUCAGGUACAAUUUAUCAAAAAUGAAUUGAAAAAAAUUGCAGUAUUAUUCCCCCAAAAUAGCAUUGAUCUAUUUUUGUAAACUUCAUAUUAUUAAAUUUUGCCCUAACAGACCUCUUACAAUGAUUGAUGAUUACUUUAAUUUUCCUUGUACUUAAAAUAAGAAAAGGAGCACUUUAAUUACCAACUGAAAAAUCAGAUUGUUUUUGUAGUCUUAUCUUACACUAAUUUGAACUUUUAAAGAUUGCUGCUUUUAUUGACAUUGUUAAUAAUGAAACAUAACAGGAAAAUAGUCACCAUUUACUACCAAUAACUUUUAGUUCGUGUUAAAAAAAAUAGUAAGAAGGAUUUAGCUUUUUAAGUUAAAUAUUUUUUAAAAAAUUAAAGUGACUGGCACUAAAUGAACUUGAGGUUAGCCUUAGACUCAAGUUCCUAAGAUAAAGGGCUUUCUUAUGCUUUCAGGUAGAGCUAGGAGUUAAUGUCUUCUUUCCUACGACUUUUCCUUUUGCUUCUCUUCAAGUUGGUUUUACUUGCAAAUUUACUGUUAUGUUUUCUAAUACUAUGACCCAUCUGUUCUGCAAAUUAGAACCUUGUUUCUAUUGAAUAGUAUCAAGAGGAAAUUAUACAUGAAUUGAGACAGAAAUGUGUUUUACGGACUUAAUGUUGGGUGACUCUCAUACUACAGUGGAGGCGUUUCCCAAGUGUGAUGCUGGCCUUUUAUCAGUACUGCAAGAUCUAUGUUUAGUUAUUAAAAAAGAAAAGAAACACCAGAUAA